AUAUUCAACACAUCAUUAAGAUGGGCGCCUUCAACACCCACUAGGUGUUAGCCCGAUAACACCUAAUCCACUACCAAAAAACACAGUAGCAAAACUCAUAAAUAAGGUAGAAACGCAAGUCGCAUUCUAAGAGCACCCACAUCAUACGUCAAAAAAAAAAAAAAAAUUUAAAUACCACUGACCGUUAUAACGGUCGAAUUAUCAGCAGUGUAUUUCAAAAUUUUUUUAAAAAAAAUCUCUCCUCUGUCCAAAAAUCCUCUGCUAAAAUAGGGAAGUUUUCUCUGAUACUCGCCCCAAAAUCCUCCCUACGACUGAUAGAAGAGAAAUUCAUCUCACUCCUGCAAUCAUGUGGUAAAAAUCUCAGACACCUCCAACAGAUUCAUGGCCAGAUAAUCGCCCAAGGGUUGGAACAGAAUGGGUUCGUCUUGCCAAAAAUCGUCGCUGUGUGCUUCGAAUCGAAGAAAAUGGCGUACGCCCACAAGGUGUUCGAUCGAAUUACUGAACCCAACGUCUUCGUUUGGAAUGCCAUGUUAAAAGGGUACUCUGAAAAUGGGUUCUACACUGAGACGCUGACCCUGUUCGAUCAAAUGAGGAAGAGAGAAGUGAGCCCGAACGGUUUCACAUUGCCCUUCGUGCUCAAGUCGUGCAUGAAGACAUCGUCUCUGAGAGAAGGCGAGGAGCUGCAUUGUGUUGUUAUCAAAGGUGGGUUUGACACAAACCAAUAUGUUGGGACGACACUGAUUGAUAUGUAUUCAGGUGGGGGAACAAUUGGGUCUGCUUAUCGGGUGUUUUUAGAAUUGCCCAUGAAGAAUGUUGUUGUGUGGACAGCAAUCAUCACAGGAUUCAUUUCAGUCGGUGAACUGGAGUCUGCCCAUCGCCUCUUUGAUCAGGCACCAGAGCGCGACAUUAUACUGUGGAAUACGGUCGUAUCUGGGUAUGUGGGAUCCGGUGACAUGGUGAUGGCGAGACGGAUCUUUGAUGAGAUGCCAAACCGCGACAUUAUGGCUUGGAACACUGUCCUAACUGGGUACACGAACAGUGAGGACUUCGAGGCAGGUGAGAGGUUUUUCCAAGAAAUGCCCGAGAGGAAUGUGUUCUCGUGGAAUGGAUUGAUCGGAGGGUAUGCUCGCAAUGGUUGUUUCUUCGAGGUAUUGUCUGUUUUCAAGCGAAUGCUCGCUGAGUCUGAAAGCACACCGAAUGACACAACGCUUGUGACAGUGCUGUCUGCAUGUGCGAGACUAGGAGCUCUUGACGUGGGCAGAUGGGUUCAUGUAUAUGUGAAAACCAAUGGGUUUAAUGAGAAUGUCUAUGUGGGGAAUGGACUGAUAGACAUGUAUGCCAAAUGUGGGAGCAUCGAGAAUGCAAUCGAUGUAUUUAAUGACAUGCACUCGAAAGAUCUGAUUACAUGGAAUGCCAUAAUUAAUGGCUUAGCAAUGCAUGGGCGUGGGACCGACGCCUUGAAUGUCUUCAACCAGAUGAGGGAAGCUGGAGAGAGACCCGAUGGGGUCACCUUCAUCGGUAUCUUGUGUGCUUGCACACAUAUGGGUCUAGUCGAAGAUGGGGCUGCAUACUUCCAAUCAAUGGUUGAGGAUUAUUCAAUCAAACCACAGAUUGAGCACUACGGAUGUAUGGUUGAUCUUCUAGGCCGCGCAGGACUGCUCUCCAAGGCAAUGGAUUUCAUUAGGAAGAUGCCGAUGGAGGCAGACUGCGUUAUCUGGAGUGCUUUACUUGGGGCCUGUCGGAUUUACAAGAACGUAGACCUGGCUGAAUUUGCACUUGAACGGCUUAUCCGGAUUGAACCGGAGAACGUAGCAAAUUAUGUGGUACUUUCAAAUAUAUAUGGAGCUGUUGGGAGAUGGGAAGAUGUAGCAAGAUUGAAAUUGGUGAUGAGAGAGAUUGGUGUUAGGAAAUUGCCAGGCUGUAGUCUGAUAGAAGUGAAUGAUGGGGUAGUCGAAUUCCAUUCACUAGAUCAGCGACAUUCGCAAACAGACAAUAUUUAUAGGGUCUUGAGGGGAAUGACAGAGAUGUUGAAAUCAGCAGGAUAUGAGCCAGAUCUUGAAGAACUUGGGGAGGGAAGUUGAAAAAGAAAAGCUAUGAUCUGAGCGUUUGAUAGGAAAACACAUGGAAAACUACUUUCCUUGGGAUUUAAUUUUGUGAU